AAUGGUGGAAUAAGAUAACGGGCGGUGUGGACAAAAUUUUGACGGCCAACGACGGGAGCCACCGCCGAGUGCGCCGCCUCCAGAACCCCGCGUUCUUGGACAAGGCAGUGAAGCCCAAAAAUCCGUCAUAGCCGGCUAUCACAGUCUCUUGAUUCAGCAACUAGACGGCCAAACCCGGAUACAACCACGGUCGACAUGAACCUUUGGUACAACUUUACCACCUUCGACCUGAUCGGUGACUUGGCCUUUGGCGAACCCUUCUGCGGUCUGCGAGAUGCCAAGUGACAUUGGUGGCUUAAAGCCCUCUUCGAGGUUUUUCAGGCCGGCACCUUUAUUCGGGCGACUCCACGCUUUCCCAUGCCUAUCUACUACCUUCUCCUCUUCUGCAUAAUUCCCAAACGGCUGCUGUAGGUGCCCACAAUGCAGUAUGAUUUCGGCGUGAAGCGAGUCAAGAGAAGAGUUGAGCAAGACACGGAUCGCCCUGAUUUCAUGUCGUACGCUCUGAAGGCCGAGAACGAAAGGGGUUUACGCUCGAAGAUAUGUUCACAGCCGCGUAGGUGCUCAUCUUUGCAGGCAGUGAGACGAUGUCUCGGGGCUUCUCGGUGCACGAAUAAUCCGCACACUCUUAAUAAGUUGUAUACCGAACUGGGAGAGCAGUUUGAAGACGAGAAGUAUAUCACCAGAAAUUCAUGAUUGAGUGGACAGGCAGCGUAUGUUCACUGUCUGGUAGAAGAACUAGAUGAAGGUUGGCUUGAUGCGCAGGGUGCCAUGAUGAAUAAUGACGGAGUAGGUAGGGUAUCCGACUUAGGAAAUUUGGGCUGCGUAUAAAGAAGUUGCGCAGCAAUGUAGACUGCUCGAUGCCAAUGUUCAUUUCGUCUCAGGCAUAGCGAGCAUGUUGAAUAACCAACGAGCUCGAAUAAACGAGGGAUGUGGAUAUCAGUCAG